CACAUCCUCAGCCUGGCCCCACACACGCUGUCACCUCGCUGCCUGCCAGAGCCCUGAGCUCCACCAGCCAAUGGGAUCCACACUAAAUGGACUCCAGAAAGGCAGCUUUCCAUGUGGUACCCAUGAAGAUGAGGCUGAGGACACGGAAAGCUUCCCAGCAGUCCAACCAGCUCCACACGCAGCGGGCGCUGCGGGCCAAGCGGAAACACUCGGAGGUGGAGGAGCCCUUACCUGGCGGCGGGGGAAAACCACCCAAAAAUGAGACAGGCCUCUUGUCCUCCAUCAAAAAGUUCAUUAAAGGAAGCACGCCCAAGGAAGAAAGAGAAAAUCCCACCAAGAGGAGUCGGAUUGAGCGGGAUAUCGAUAACAACUUGAUCACCUCCACGCCCCAGACGGGAGAGAAGCCCAACAAACAGCUGUCGCGAGUGCGGCGGAAAAGUCAGAUGAAUGGAGAAGCUGGAAGUUAUGAGAUGACGAACCAACACGUAAAGCAAAAUGGGAAGUUGGAAGAUAACCCUACCACAGGCAGCCCCCCACGAACAACGUUACUGGGAACCAUAUUUUCUCCUGUUUUCAAUUUUUUUUCACCAGCAAAUAAAAAUGGAACAUCGGGCUCCGACUCUCCGGGCCAGGCUGUGGAAGCUGAGGAGAUCGUGAAGCAGCUGGACAUGGAGCAGGUGGACGAGAUCACCACGAGCACGGCCACCUCCACCAACGGCGCCGCCUUCCCCGGGCAGGCCCUGCAGCUCCGGGCUGUCAACAACGGCCUGGGCGACAGCGAGGAGCCGGGGGACCGCGACCUGCCCCCGCUCACGGCACCAGUAUCUCCAGACAGUGGCUACUCAUCAGCUCAUGCAGAAGCCACCUAUGAAGAGGACUGGGAAGUCUUUGAUCCAUACUAUUUCAUCAAACAUGUCCCCCCACUAACAGAAGAGCAGCUGAACAGGAAGCCAGCUCUCCCACUGAAAACCAGAAGCACACCAGAGUUCUCAUUAGUUCUAGACUUGGAUGAAACAUUAGUGCACUGUAGUCUAAAUGAAUUAGAAGAUGCUGCACUCACUUUUCCAGUUCUUUUUCAAGAUGUCAUUUACCAGGUGUACGUGCGGCUAAGGCCGUUCUUCCGAGAGUUCCUGGAGCGGAUGUCUCAGAUUUAUGAGAUCAUUCUGUUCACUGCUUCUAAGAAGGUGUAUGCAGACAAGUUGUUGAACAUCCUGGACCCCAAGAAGCAGCUGGUCAGGCAUCGACUCUUCCGUGAGCACUGUGUGUGUGUACAAGGGAACUACAUCAAGGAUUUAAACAUCCUGGGCAGAGACCUCUCCAAAACCAUCAUCAUCGACAAUUCACCGCAAGCCUUUGCUUACCAGCUUUCCAAUGGAAUUCCUAUAGAAAGCUGGUUCAUGGAUAAAAAUGAUAAUGAGCUCCUAAAGUUGAUUCCAUUUCUGGAGAAACUCGUAGAGCUGAACGAAGACGUCCGGCCUCACAUCAGAGACAGAUUUCGCUUGCAUGAUUUGCUACCCCCCGAUUAAAGCCUUUGCUCUCACUGCCGAGGGGAGGAAAUGCAGGACCCUGUUGGACUAAUACAAAACAUUGCCAUUACUGUUGAAAUUUUG